AUGGAUGGAUGGCUGAUCGAGGUGCAGCGUCGACCCAUUCUCUCCAUCUUCUGCAGCUCAGUGGCUUUCAGGUUAGUCCACACACUCCUAAAGCUUCUGCCCAGACCACGCAUCAUUGAAUUUGAUCCCUGGAAGAAAUGGAAAUGGGAGAACCUCUCUGUGUCACUUGUCCACUCGCUCCUGACAGGGACCUGGUCUAUCUUCUGUGUGUUUCAGUAUCCAGUAAUGGUGUACGAGAUCCGAUCCGCCUUCACCCCACUCGCAUAUCUUCUCGUCACUGUUUCAACAGGGUAUUUCAUCCAUGAUGCUGGAGGCAUAAUCUUCGGCGGCUAUGCAAGAGAAUCAUGGGAGUUUCUGCUUCAUCAUGUUUUAGUGAUUUGGACUUUCCUCUAUGCUGUUCUCACCAGUCACUACGUAGCAGGUGCUGUGCUGGCUCUCUUCGUCGAAGUGAACAGUGUAUUUCUGCAUUUGAGAUUAAUGCUCAAAAUGACCGGAGUGGCCAAAGACUCACCUGUCUACACCAUAAACAAACUGAUCAAUAUCUUUACAUACGUCAGCUUCCGUCUGGGAGCUCAAUUCUAUCUAACUUUUUACAUUGUUGUUAACUACUCCUUGUUGGACCAUGCUUUCUACUUCCUGGUAUCAAUGAUGCUGAUGAACAUCAUGAUGCUCAUCUAUUUCCACCGUCUGCUGCGGGCAGACUUCUUUACUAAACACUGUCAUCAAAAUGGAAACCAAAAAUUUGUUCAGGACUAA